AGGGAGAGGGCAGUGAAGCCAUGCGUGCCGCGGCGGCCACGGCGGCCCCCAACGCGUCCUGGUGGGCGCUGGCCAACGCCACGGGCUGCCCAGACUGCGGCGCCAAUGCCUCGGACGACAGGGCCCCGGAGCUGCGGCUGCUGGACGCCUGGCUCGUGCCCCUCUUCUUCGCCGCGCUGAUGCUGCUCGGCCUGGCAGGGAACUCUCUGGUCCUUUUCGUCAUCUGCCGCCACAAGCAGAUGCGGACGGUGACCAACUUUUACAUAGCCAACUUGGCGGCCACGGACGUGACCUUCCUGCUGUGCUGCGUGCCCUUCACGGCCUUGCUCUACCCGCUGCCCGCCUGGGUGCUGGGCGACUUCAUGUGCAAGUUCGUCAACUACAUGCAGCAGGUCUCGGUGCAGGCCACGUGCGCCACCCUGACGGCCAUGAGCGUGGACCGCUGGUACGUGACCGUGUUCCCGCUGCGCGCCCUGCACCGCCGCACGCCCCGCCUGGCUCUGGCGGUCAGCCUCGGCAUCUGGGUGGGCUCCGCGACGGUGUCCGCGCCCGUGCUGGCUCUGCACCGCCUCUCGCCGGGGCCCCGCACCUACUGCAGUGAGGCCUUCCCCAGCCGGGCCCUGGAGCGCGCCUUCGCGCUCUACAACCUGUUGGCGCUCUACCUGCUGCCGCUGGCCGCCACCUGUGCCUGCUACGGGGCCAUGCUGCGCCACCUGGGCCGCACCGCCGCGCGCCCGGCGGCCGCCGACAGCGCCCUGCAGGGGCAGCUGCUGGCAGAGCGGGCGGGCGCCGUGCGCGCCCGGGUCUCACGGCUGGUGGCCGCCGUGGUCCUGCUCUUCGCCGCCUGCUGGGGCCCCAUCCAGCUGUUCCUGGUGCUGCAGGCGCUGCGCCCCGCCGGCGCCUGGCACCCGCGCAGCUACGCGGCUUACGCGCUCAAGAUCUGGGCGCACUGCAUGUCCUACAGCAACUCGGCGCUGAACCCGCUGCUCUACGCCUUCCUGGGCUCGCACUUCCGCCAGGCCUUCCGCGGGGUCUGCCCCUGCGCCCCUCGGCGGCCCCUCGUCCCCCCCCGCCCCGCCCGCGGAGCUGCACGGCCUGGGCCCUGGGCGCGCCCCAGCCCCCGCCGCGCCGGGGAGCAGAGCGAGCGUCCCCAGGGCGCCCUGGGGUAGAGCUGGGCCCCUCCCAACAGGUGCUGCCCGGACAGCAGCUGCUACCGUGUGGCUGCCCUGCGCGUCCUUUCUGUGCCACACAAUCCUAGUGAGGACGUCCUGUCCCCGCCAAGGCUCCGCACCAACUCGCUGGCCUGCUUGCUGCUGGACA